AUGGGCGGGUGUGGCCCAACACUUGUCCCGGGAUGGGUGGGCGAGGCCCACCACGCAUCUCGGGACGGGCGGCCGAGGCCUGCCACAUGUCCCAGGACGGGCGGGCAAGGCCCGCCACAUGUCCCGCGACGGAUGGGCGGUGCCUGUCAUGUGCCCCGGGACGGGCGGGCGAGGCCCGCAACAUGUCCCAGGAUGGGCGGGCAUGGCCCGGCAUGUGUCCCGGGACAGCCGGGCGAGGCCUGCCAAGUGUCCCGGGACGGGCGGGUGAGGCCUGCUGCGUGUCCCAGGAUGGGCGUCCCGGAACGGGGGGGCGGUGCCCGCCACACGUCACUGGACGGGUGGGCAUGGCCUGCCACACGUCGCGGGACGGGCUGGCGGGGUACGCCACACGUCCUUGGAUGGGCGGGCAAGGCCUACCACGCUUCCUGGGACAGGCGGGCAUGGCCUGCCACUUGUCCUGGGAUGGACAGGCAGCGCCCGCCACGUGUCCCGGGAGGAGCGGGCAGCACCCGCCACGUGUCCUGGGACGGGCGUGGCCCGGUACUUGUGGGAGGUGCCCGCCAUGUGUCCCAGGACGGGUGGGCAAGGCCCACCACAUGUCCCGGAAUGGGCGGGCGAGGCCCGACAGUUGUCCCGUGA